AUGGGCAUGCGACAGCUCUCCUUCUCCAUCUGUCAGGCCCACCUCGUGCAGCGCAAGUCUUCUGACACGGACCUCUCUCGGACUCGCCUAAACCUUGUUAGCCAUGCACGGUAUGACUUCAUUUCCGUCGUGGUGAUUCCUUUAUUCCGCCUUAGACAUGAAAGAACGUGGGGUGGCAAGCAGGGCCAUGGCUCUCGGAUUGCCAUGUCCGAGCUCAAGCUUGCUCUCGGCAAGAUGUCCGAGUGCGUACAUAGAGGGACCGACUGCGGCAGUUAA